UUCCAAGCAAUGAAUGAUCCCGCAUACUUACGAAGUUUUCACGAUACGCCGCAGGCCCUUGCUGGAUCAGACUCUCGUCACUCCGGGAGAUUUAUGGGCCACAUCAGGAGUUGUAUAUAACAGCUCGAAAACAAUUUAAGUCGCUUUACACCACGAAUCUCAGUAAUCACGCUUUUUCGACAUGCAAACUUGGUCAUUGUUGGUUAUUGUUGUUGAAGUAUUGCUUCCAAUUGGCAUGGCGAAAAUGCCAGUAAUUGCCGCUCUCGGCUGACCGUCCGUUGGCUCGGCACGGAUGGUUCCUCCGAGUUUUUGUCAGCGGCGUCGUUUCAGCCCUUAACUACUACUACCCAGAACGCCUCGACCGAAGUACGGUUCUUACAAACCAUUUCUUUUUCAAGUAUUCAACUUCUGAACCAACUCUGCUUCCAUUACUCAAUAUCCGCGGAACAUGGCAUCCAGCUCCGACAGUGGAGUUUUGCGGUUGACGUUUCUUACGACAGGAUCAGUCCGCAUCAGGCCGUCAAUGAGAUCCCAGCCUCCAAGCAACGUUCCUCUUCUUCGUCGCCUGAGAUCUGUUUGCGAUCGUCGGUGGACAGAUCCUCUGCCAGUUGGAGCUUUUCUCAUCCACCACCCUGAAGGUCCUUUUCUAUUUGACACUGGUCAGUCUCCUUGUUGCAACAAUCCUGGCUAUUUUCCACGACUCGCUAUUUUCAACAGUCUCCUGAGUGAGUUCACCAUCGAGCCCAAGGAUGGCAUUGUGAACCAGCUCCGGGAAAUAGGAAUAAAGCCCACCGACCUGAAGGGAGUCAUCCUAAGCCAUCUUCACAACGAUCAUGCGGGUGGUCUAGAGGACCUGAUCGCCGAAGCACCAGAGUUGCCAAUAUAUGUCUCUCGGGAACACUGGAACGCCUUUGGGAAGCAUCCCUAUUUUGCGAGCAUGGAGGGAGCAACUCCAAAUCACUGGCCGAAAGAAUUCACGCCGAGGAUUGUGGACCUCCAAGACAAACCCCUUGGGCCGUGGGAGCAGUCUUACCCGCUCACAGAGGAUGGAAAAAUAUGGAUAGUGGAUACCUCCGGCCAUGUUCCAGGGCACAUCAGCCUGGUUUUGUAUACUGAUGCGGAGCAUUCGAGCGUUGAGAAUACCGGUAAACAGCGUCUUGCUUAUUUUUUGCCCGGCGAUGCGACGUACGGGUUGGAUCUGCUGGAUAAGGAGGAGCCGGACGGCAUCAAUGAUGAUCCAAUGCGUGCCUUGCGGACCUUGAAAACCAUCAAACAAUUUGCUAAGGAAAUGGAUGUGGUCAUUCUGCCCAGUCAUGAUCCUAAUACUCCGCAGCUGCUCGCCAACCGACAGGCUUACCGACCACCGAAUUGAUGAUCCUGCAUUCGAUUCGGACAUUAUCUCCGCUUUGUAAACUUGGAAGCAAUUUUGCUGCCUUGGAUAAUUAAUGAAGUUUUCUCACGUAAAUAAGUUGCAGAGUCCUAC